AGCGCUUUGACCAGCUCAGUGUUAAGACUCACUCCUUUCACCUCUCCAGCAGCAAGCAUGAACACUCAGGAGUGGAUGUGUCUGAGGCUGGUGGUGAUGCUGGCGGUGGUGAUGGUCGCCUCCCCCACCAGCGCUGUGCCUAAGAGGGUCGCCAACAGGAUGGUGCCGAGCUGGUGGUCUAGAGUUCGGAAUGUGUGUUGGUCGGCGUCUGACUGCAGUGCUGACGAGUGCUGUGCUAGGCCUAUGCUGUCCUCCAAGGCUUACUGCAUGCCCCUAAGAUCCCGUGGCCAAGUGUGUGACGCCUCCCCUCUCAUGCUGAACAUCAACAGUGGGGUGUACUUCAGUGACUGCCCCUGCCAAUAUGACCUGACCUGCGCCUCUCUGGGGAUCAAGGCCAAGGCACAGUGCGUCGACCUUCGCACUCUUGAGCUUGACUACCGUAGAAUCUUCUCCCUCAGCGUCCCUCCUGCCAGCGAGAACCACUAAAAUCGUCCCCUCUUAACUCUCUUUGCCUCUCCCUGUGUACCUUACCUCUCCCUCUCCCUCUCUCUCUCCCUCUCUCUCUCUACUUCACCCUGUCCGUCUCUCGUUUUUCCUUACUGUUUUUUUGUCUCUCACUUUUUUUCUCUCUCUUUCUUUCUCCUCCUAGCCAUUAAGUUUGUUUCCAUUUACUCUCCCUGUCUCUCUUUGUGUGCUUUAUCUCUCUCUUUCUCUCUCUUUCUCUCUCUUAUCGUGUCCGUCUCUCUCACUCUCUCUCCCUCUCUCUCUCUCUCUUUGUCUCUUAUCUUCAUUUCUC